ACUCGAACAAUUUUGACCGGGUGGUGGCGUUUUGAGCUGUAAACUUGUUUGAGGUCGGCUAGAUGUUUAUUAGUUAUUCAACAACCCCAAGUUUGUUGAAGCAACCUUUCUAUAACUAGUGUUAGAUUUUCAGGAGUAUUAUUAAUGUUUUGAAGAAAAGAAAUCACAAUAUUGAGUAUGAGCACCAAAGAUAAGAAGAAUAGACUUUCCCUUAAAAAGAAACCCCCUGAUAAAGGGAAACAGUCUAACACUAUAGUUUCUAUGUUCAAAUCUCAAGCUGUGAGGAAGCCAGACAAAGGCUUUGAUGUAGUUGUCUUGUCAGAAUCAGAUGAUGAAACUGAAAACCCACAGGCUUCUGCAGAACAUUCCAGCCCGUACUUUAAGGGAGGCUCAAGUCCACACAAAUCAAGUGAAAGUCCAGACAGAUUAUCAAAAAAGUUGUCCGAAAAACUUCAUGCCAAGAAACAGGGUACUUGCAUAAAGCAAGAUAAAACUAAAGCUCCCGAUCAAGACAAUGCUAGUGACACAGGGAGUGACAGAGACUUCAAACUUGCACCUAAACGAAGAAAAUGUACAUCUGAUACCGUAAGUAAGAUAAAACCAUCGGUCAAUCAAUAUUCUUUAAGGGAAAGGAAACCAAGUCCAAGUUUAAAUGCAAUACGAAAAAGUAAGUCAGACCAUGAGGUGCUAGUGAAAUCCACACAAAAUGCAAGUGAUUCUGAUGAUGAUGUGAUUGUUGUUGGGGUAACAAAUAAAAGGAAAAAUGCUGAUGUUGCUGAAAGGAGACUUUCAUUAAAGAGGUCAAAAACUGAAGGUGCAGUAUCGAACCAAAAUACUUCUUCAAAAGUUGAUAAAACUUUGUUUUCUAGCAAACCUGUUAAAGGUAGUAUUAAAAUUAAAACUGAAGAUAUUCCUACUUGUAAACAAACUAGCAUUUCUGAAUCUGUGAUAUCUCUCUGUGAUUAUGAGUUGGUUAACAACAGUCAGAAGGAGAAUUUUUCUGAAACUGUGAGUAAAGGAACUUCCAGAAAUGAAAAUCCAACAAGUUCUAGUCAUAAACAAUACAGCGGUAACUUCCUUGUGAAAAUGAAACAGGAUAUUGAAAGACAUGACACAAGAAAGAAAGAAAAGGCUUCAAGGAGUACAAAGCAUAAGAAAGCAAAGAUUGACACAAAGACCGCUCCAGGAAAUGAAUCUGAACAAGUAAAGGGCAGUUCAACUGAAAUAUGUACUGUAGAUGACAAAAGUGACAACAAAGAUGAAAAAGAUCAGAAUAUUGAAUCGGUGAAAGGACACAGAAGUCUGAAAGAAAUGGAAUUAGGUGAUGAAUCGCAAGAUGCUGAUGUUGAAACGACGGAAUACAGAGUGCCAUACUAUUUAGAAAACUUUAAAACAAUUUUGUCUAAUGUGUUAGAAGACUCCGAAAAUUCAAGGCUGUUUGAUGAGCAAGACAUGGCAUUCAUUGAUGCUUUCAACAAGCAGGAAGAGCCAGCUCAGAAGCUGUAUGUGCGGAUAUUUUGCCGGAAGCUCUCUUGGUUGCCCGCAGGAAAGCUGGUUUACCCAGAAAUCAGCUCUGACAUCCCAGCACUGAUGGAUUGGCUAACAGAGGCAGGGCUGCUUCUUAAUGGUGGCCAUCUUGAUGAUCUUGCUGUUGUCUUAAACAUCCUGUCUGCGCACGACCUGAAACUUCUCGCCAAGUCCUUCCAUAUCAACAGUCAAGGUCUUACAAAGCUGAAGAUUAUCGAGAUGUUACUCAAGAAGGGACAACAGAGCUCCAUUUCCAACAUGUUUACAGGCGGGAGCUCAGCCAGUAUGGAAAAGACCAUUUUCAAUAGGGCACGUGGAUACCUUGGUAAGGUGUGUCGACUACAGGGGGAGGGGCGGGCAGUGUUUAUCCGAGCCAUCAUGCUCUUCUCUCUCUACCACACAAACUUUGACGAGGAGAGUGCAGGGAGCGGCCAGAAUCAGCUAUUUCAGAUGCUGAUGGUGAACAUUGGGCGAGUUACCUACCCAUCAUAUACAGUGAAUAGGCAGCAAUCAGUCUUCAGGGACAGAGCAGCACUUGUCAGGUUUGAGACAGCCCUGCAGUUUGAAUUGGACAUACAACAGCUAACGGAACGAGGCAGAUGGCCAGCUGCCCUCGAAGUGUACAUACAGGCGAAGGCAGUCGGGGAAGCUGUUCAAAAGGAUAAUGCCUUUCUGCAAUGGGACAGCAGCCUGCCACAGUUUUUGCGACUCUACACGGCAGGAUGUGUGUACACCAGGAUUGAUAACCAGGGAGUGGAAAUACUGCAGAGACUGAAAAAAUACAGGGAGGCUGUGGAGUUGUUAGAACAUCUGCUGGAGCAGGAUGUGUACUGUGAGCAAUACAGGGGCCACUGGUAUGAGAGGCUUGCACUCAAUCUUGAGGCACACCUCAAGUCUCCAGACAAGAGUCUAGAUGUGAUAGAGCGAGGUCUAGCAGAGGAGCGUGUACGGACAGGUAGACGGUACGCCCUGUAUGAACGGGCCAGGAAACUGUGUGAGACUCCCAAGUCCAAGUUUGCUGGCAGGAUGAAGAAGUUUACACAUGAGCCUGUAGACCCUACACCAGAGGUGGAGAUAGAUGGGAUGGUAAUAAGUGAUGCCGGACAGAUGGGGAUGAAAUACCAGUUUGUGAUGCAUGGAGACGCAGACUCUACCACCCUCUGUGCAGUAGAGGAGCUUGUCUUGGAACACUACAAGCAGAAGGGCUUCCCUGAGGGUCUGCAUGCAGAGGGUUCUAUUGUAAGCAACCUGUUUGCUUUACUGUUCUGGGACGUUAUGUUCAUGCCCGUAGUGGAUGUGUUUCACAGUCCCUACCAGACCUGCCCCCUCGAUAUGGCAACACGCGACUUCUACACAAAUAGGAAACAUGCUGUCGAUGAAAGACUUGUCUGGCUGGAAAACGCUUCUGUUGAGGUGUUAGUAGAGGAGGUUGGGAGAGUUUGGGCAGAACAAGGGGGGAAACUCUGUGCUGGAAUCAACUGGGACAAGUUCACCGGUCCUGAAACACACCAGCACCUGGUGACCUGCAUGGGAGGGAAGGUUAUUGCCGGCAUCCUGGGGAGGUAUGUGAAGGACCCGCGACACACGAGGAGUGGCUUUCCUGAUCUCACUCUCUGGAACACUGAAAAGAAGGCGCUCAAAAUAUGUGAGGUUAAGGGCCCGAAUGACCGACUGUCCUAUAAACAGAUUCUGUGGAUCGACUUCCUUCUCAAGCUUGGUGUGGAUGCCGAGGCCUGCUAUGUGAAAGCUGUUGGAUCAAAGAAACUAAAACCUGCUGCAAGAAAUUGAGAAGUCCGACAAAAGACAACAAGUAUUUAUACUAUUAAGAUAACCAUGAUGAAUGUGUGAGCAUAAUUCCACAAUGUUUCAACUGUAAGUCUGAACAUUGAUGUACACUGUUGUUCCAUGUUUAGGAACCUUUGUUUAAAGGGACUUGUCUACAUUGUAUUGGGUCAGACUUUAAAACAUAUCACCCAUGUGUUAAAUGUAUACAAAGUGCUUAUUUCAAUGACAAAACAUCAUCAAAAGGGAAAGUUAGAGCUGUAUUGUUAAAGAGACUAGACGCCAGAUGAUGCAAGAAAAAUAGAAACUUGUCAAAUACAUAUAUAAAAUUAAUAUUGUUGUGUGCAACGCAUUGAAUCUUACUUACUAAUAUACCACAUCACUUAGGACACAUAUAUUUUUCUCAGUGUUAUAUGUAUUUUUCCAAUUCAAAAUUUACUGGACUUCAUGUUUAAAAAUAGCGUUCGUAUAUUUAUCGACACUCAUCAUAUGACUCUCACAUGCUAAAUAUACAAACAAAGUGGUUCCCAAAAAAUGAACAGUGUAAAGAAGCAGAACACUGUUGCCAAAAUGUAGCCUGACAGACUAAUAUUGGUUAUAAAAUUGAUCAGAGGAAUUGCCGUUGCUUAAAUGAAAUAGUGUUGGCUAAAACACUUAUUGACAGGUUAGUUUGCGGAGGUUUUGAAAUGAUAAAGUGACUUGCAAGGUGCUCAGAAAUAAACAUCCCACACUGUUUUUCCACGGGGAAACUCAGCUGAGACAGCGUGUGAAACAAAAUGAUUGUUACACAUAUUUUUUCAUUUAUGUAAAAUUAUGUAUUAUUGGCAAUAUACUAGCUCAUUUUGACAACUCUAGUCUUGUUUUGAGGAAAUACUGUCUGCUGAUUUUGGGACCAUCUGGUGUCAAGUCCGUUUAAUAAUUACUUAAAAUCAUUGUGACUGUAGAUUCAAAUGGCAUUAUUUGAGGUUGGAUAUUCAAUAUUUGGUGUUUGUUCAUAAAAUAAGUAAAAUGAUUUAAUUUUAACCAAAAAAAAUGAAAACAAUGUUGGCAUCAUAAAAUCUGUGUAUGUGUCCCUUUAAAAGUAUCAAGUUAACAUUUUGACAGGCAUUAUACAUUAUAUGUUUGUUGAAAUUAUAGGAGUUGGGAAUUGACAACUUCUUUCAAGAUCUCAAUUGUGAUAUUACACUUUUAUUUUCAUUUGUUGGGUAUUUAUUAAUUUUUCAAGAUCUGGAUUAUGAUAUAACUCGUGCAUUUUCAGUUUUCGGUAUUGAGGAUUUUUCAAGAUAUCCAUUAAGAUACUAUUCUUGCUUUUUCAUUUGUUGGGUAUUUAGGAUUUUUCACAAUUUCAUCCCUAUAUGGGCAAGUUUUGACAUUAUGAUAUUUUUUUUAUUUGCGUAAUAAGCAGCGUAUAUUGAAGUUAAGUUAGGUAAAAUUGUAUAAAGUUUCAACUGUUUCAUAUUUAAUGUAUUUGAGAAAAUAACACAAGCAGUAGAAGAAGCUUAAAAGUUGAAUUAUGUAUUUUGUAUCAUUUUCUUGAAGAAUUUAUAGCAAUACAUUUAGUGUGAUUUAAGGUAUCAUAUUUUCUGAUAUGUGAAAUGUUGAUGCCUGGUGAAUCUAUAUUAUGUUGGUAUCAUUUGUUAUGGUUAGAGGAAUAAUAUGAUACAUUUAAAAUAUUGCAAACAUGCUGUCUUGAACUGGAAAGAUUAAAAAAAAUGUCAUUUUCAAUUGAAAGAAAGAACAAAAAUACAAACUGAUACCAAAAUUAUAUGGUAUUGACCAGGCCUUCAAAGCUAUCAUGACUGCCAAUGGCAUGAUAAAAUUAUGAGCUGAAUGUGCAUGCAAGUCAAAGGUAUAAAAUCAGUUAUCUUUUUGGUUAUCUUUUUGGUUUGUUCUAAGUUAUCGAAAAUGUUCAUUGAUUGGUCAAUAUUUUUCAAAUGGUUAUUUUUAACCAAUCAAAUCAUUAAGAAGUGUGAACUAGCCAAAAAUAACCUGCACAAUUUAUCCUAGUUUUAUACAGGUGGCUGCUGAAACCUUGUUUGGUUAUUCACAAUUAUUUCAAACAAGAGGAAUCUGUCCAACUGACUAAUAUUUUUUGUCGCUGGGAACAAUGAAAUUUGUUAUCAACAUUUAUGGAGCCAGGUUCAAAAUCUAGCACUUCAAUCAUGGCACUAACUUGCAUUGUAACACAAUAAUAUAUAUAAAUAUGUAUGCUGUUCUUGAAUAACACAACAUUGAGCUCACAGCUGCUCCAGGGUGGAAACAAUUUAUGCCUAAUUGUGUGAACCAAACUGGUUGAAGAUUGUUAUUGUUACGACAAAGGAAACUUGCAAAACAUGUGAUUGUGCUCAAUGCAGCUCAUUUUGUCUAAAUAAGGAACGACGUAGGAUUAAAACAUUUCACUAGUAGUUUGAGCAAGGUGAAAAUGUGUGUCCAUGUUUGUCAAAAUAAGUUGGCAAGGAAUGUCUUGAAGUCUAACUGACAUUGGCAGUUGUGGGAUUAGGUCAAUGCUCUGGUAAAAUGGCCUCUUUUAUUGCUUGUCUUACUUGGUGAAACAUUACUCAAAUAUCUCAUGUUUAGUCUGAUUUUGUUGACAAAAACAACUUUUUUUAUCAUAGAGCACAACUAUUUGAUUUCCACAGUUAACAGAAUUGUCUGAAUGUGAUAGUCUUGCUUUUCUUAUAAAAUCUACCAACUUGUCAUUUUCUGGAACAAUUUGCUCCACUGUAUUGUGUGGCUGGAUUGUUACACUUUCUUGCGCGGAACUAUUUUACCCUCCAACACUGGUCAUCACAAUUUUUACUUAGGCCAAAAAAAAAUUUGUUUGGUAAGAGUUACAUCCUUUUCAAAAACAGGUAGGGUAGGUAGGCUUUUUAUUAUUAUUUUUUUAUAAGGCUUUAUAUAAGAAUAUCAUUGUCAUCAUUGGAGAAUGGUGUUAAAGUGUAUAAGCAUUUAAGGUUUAAACUACAUAUUGAAAAGCAAUUAAAAAUUUAUUUAUUUUUCAAACUGACUAUGAAAACGGUAGGGUCGGCGCCGAUUCCGUAGGUAAGGUCGGGUAACCCGAACCAAAUGUUGUUUUUUUUAGGCCUUACCAACAUAGCAUUUUCUGGAACAAGUUGCGCCACUGUAUUGCGUGGCUGGGUUGUUGCACUUUUUUUGCACGGAACUGUUUUCUCCUCACACUUAUGAUGGUCAUCACAAUUUGUAUCUACCAACAUAGCAUUUUCUGGAACAAGUUGCGCCGCCGUAUUGCGUGGCUGGGUUGUUGCACUUUCUUGCACGGAACUGUUUUCUCCUCCUACUUAUGAUGAUCACCACAAUUUAUAUCUACCAACAUAGCAUUUUCUGGAACAAGUUGCGCCGCCGUAUUGCGUGGCUGGGUUGUUGCACUUCCUUGCACGGAACUGUUUUCUCCUCCCACUUAUGAUGAUCACCACAAUUUGUAUCUACCAACAUAGCAUUUUCUGGAACAAGUUGCGCCCCCGUAUUGCGUGGCUGGGUUGUUACACUUCCUUGCACGGAACCAUUUUCUCCUCCCACUAUGGUCACCACAGUUUGUAUCUACCAACAUAGCAUUUUCUGGAACAAGUUGCGCCGCCGUAUUGCGUGGCUGGGUUGUUGCACUUUCUUGCACGGAACUGUUUUCUCCUCCUACUUAUGAUGGUCACCACAAUUUGUAUCUACCAACAUAGCAUUUUCUGGAACAAGUUGCGCCGCCGUAUUGCGUGGCUGGGUUGUUGCACUUCCUUGCACGGAACUGUUUUCUCCUCCCACUUAUGAUGAUCACCACAAUUUGUAUCUACCAACAUAGCAUUUUCUGGAACAAGUUGCGCCGCCGUAUUGCGUGGCUGGGUUGUUACACUUCCUUGCACGGAACCGUUUUUUCCACCCACUAUGGUCACCACAAUUUGUAUCUACCAACAUAGCAUUUUCUGGAACAAGUUGCGUCCCCGUAUUGCGUGGCUGGGUUGUAACACUUCCUUGCACGGGACUGUUUUCUCCUCCUUCUUAUGAUGGUCACCACAAUUUGUAUCUACCGUCAUUUGAGUUAAAUUAAAGUUUUAAAUAGUAUGACAUAAAUCAAAGCAUUUUUUCCGAUUGGGUGAAAUCAUUACAGCACUACUCUAGAAAUUAAACCAUAUGAAUAACCAUUGAGGUAUCCCAGCAUUGGCUUACCGGUAUUAAUAAGUUGGGUAGUAAGUUUGAUAUUUGAAAAACAGUUAUCUUUUUACAAUAUUUGUUUUCUCAUUGUAGCAAUGUACGUUUAGAAUAUAACAUUUAUAUAGACUGUAUACUUGUAUCAUCUAUUGCACAGUGUUUUGCAAUAACUUAAUGGGUUUCCACAACAAAAUUUUCGCCUUUUAAAAGCAUACCUUAGGCAACUGCCUAGGAGCUGUCACCUUAUUAGAUAAAUUGUAUAAAUGAGCGAAAUUUUAUGACUCAUUCAUCAGAAACAGCAACCAGUACAUUUCCAUAGGAGAGUGAUAUUUUUCAAAGGAAAGUUUUUCUUUUACUUGAAUGUUCUGAAGCCAUUCCAUACGAAUCUUCUUCAUUAUGUCCGUCAUUGAUGUUCUGAUUGUUUACCUUGUUAAAUUUAUCUUUGUUUUGCUUUUGAGCGAUUUCCCAAAGAUGUAUAAAACCAACAUUUUCUUCUGUAAAUCCUUUUUUUCCGGUUUCGUUUUCGUUGUCUUCUUUAGUCCUGGGCCUUUUUGUAUGCGGUUCCCUGCUUUCUGGACACCAACCACUUUUGACGUGUCAUUGCACAUCGUGCAUAGUAUCAAACAGUGCUCCACAAUCAUCACAUUGUUGCCCUUUUUCAGCCAUAUUAUCUUCGUUAUCCACUGUUUCAGUCUGAAUUACAAUUGAAGAAUGAUAGGAUACUUGUGUUUCAUCUACACCCUUUUGACGGGCCACAUGACUCACGGUUUGAACUCUUUUGCCCUGUUCAGCCAAGAAAACCUCACACAUUGCAAUAUUUGGUCCUUGUGAGUAAAAGGCUCCGAGAUACUCUUGUCCUUGUUAAGUCCCUUAAAGAGAUGGGCCCCCAGUUCCCCACCAGUUAAAUACAAUGCUUCUAAUGGCUGGAUUGGUGUUGUUCGGUUCUCGAUCUGUAAAGUUCUGUUUUUCGAAUGGCUAGGGGGCUUCUCCAGUCAUCCAGUGCGGGCUUUCCUUUAGCAAAAAUCAAAAAGAAGAUAAACCAAUAAAGAUAUUGGGCAACUUCCUAGACUUCCCCAUAAAUGCAAGAAAGACAAGACAAAUAAAAUAAAAUAGAACCAAACUAUAACUUAGCAGAGGCAACUUUAGCUGAUAACACCUGAAGGUCAUAUUUCACUUUCAUGGCACCAAAUGCAGUGAUGUUGAUAUGUUCCUUAGAUAAUUUGGACAAAGUUUGAACACUCCAGGGCUAUGUUCCCUCAACAAAUUUGCAAUUUGCAUCCAUGAUAUAACAUAUCCAUCUUUCCAGAGCUUCCUGGUGUUUUUGUGGGCGUAUGGACUUAGCAAUUUCAAGUAGUCUUUAUCAAGUUGGCAGGAUCAAUAAUUAAAAUUGAAGCAAACAUGUUUUCAGGUUGGUACAUGUAUAUGGUCCCCAGAUUUAUGUAAGCGAAUGAACCUUCUGUUUGGAGAUGCUCCAUCACUUGAACAAACAUUUCAAACCACAUCUGCUUCCGAAAUUUCAACUGUUUAAUUUGACAGAUGUAACACCACAUGUAGCAAAAUGAGCUGGAGGAAAAUAUAAAAUUUGUUGAUAUGCCCCGAACCAUAAGCACAAGCACAUACUUUGCCAGACAGCUUUCUGUUGUUUCAUCUUACGAGAGAAUGGCCGUAUUUGCUGCACCUAGGUCUACAAAACCUUUCAGUCCUUCAGCGGAUGUGCCAACAAUUGGUACAUGACCCUUAUGAUUGUCAGCCCCAGUGAUACGGAUUUUAAAAAUCACAUAAGGCUACAGUUUACAAUGUCCAGCUGAUCAGCACUGUUGGUGGGGCUGAACUUUUUGCAUAUGCAUUGAAGGUAUUACUUGAUGGUAGGGGGCAGUUCUCAUUUUUUAAAAAUCUUAGCAACAAUACGUUUGAUUGCAAUAACGACGAGGCUGAACAGUUUUGUUCAAGUAAUGAUUUUGAUGAAGAUAACUCUACAUUUCCAGAGUUAGUACAACCUAUUUCUAUUAUUGAAGUACGUAACGCAAUAAAGCAUUUAAAACGAAAUAAAUCGGGUGGUAGCGACUGUAUAUUAAAUGAGUACUUUAUUGAAUGCGCUGACAUAUUAACAAGCCACUUUUGUGAUGUAUUUAAUAGCAUUUUAGCGUCUGGUUUUUUUCCAGAAAAGUGGACAGAAGGUGUCAUCAUUCCACUCCAUAAAAAAGGUUCUGUUAAUGAUGUCAAUAAUUAUAGAGGAAUAA